AGAGGAGGACGUCCUCCAUGCUCAGAGGACUGUAGGCUCAGAGCUCCGCUGUCUGUGUGUUCGAGCUCUGCUCUGCUUUGGAUGGAGAACCUAACAAUGGGCGCUCCUCUCAAACAGCCCGUUGUGUUUGAACUCCAGGGUUUUGAUGUUCCACCAGGACAGGGCCCGUUCCUCUUCUUCUUGGCCCUGUUCGCCUACAUAGUGGUGCUGCUGGGGAACGGUGUGGUGAUCUGUGUGAUCAUGAAAGACAGGAACCUGCACAGACCCAUGUUUGUGAUGAUCUGCCACCUGGUUGUCUGUGAUCUGCUGGGGGCCACGGCGGUCCUUCCUCGCCUCAUGAUGCACUUCCUGAUGGGGCAGCAGAAGAUCUCCUACCUCCCAGCCAUCGCUCAGGGCUUCUGUGUGCACACAUACGGUGUUGCUAUGCAGACCAUUCUGGGGGUGAUGGCCUAUGACAGGUUUGUGGCGGUGUGUGAACCUCUCCGGUACCACUCCAUCAUGACUUCAGCCCGGCUGCACUGCUGCUGCGCUCUGGCCUGGAUCGUCGCCCUGCUGCUCAUCGCCGUGCUCUUCUCCUUCCACAUGAACGUCCCUCUGUGCGGCCGGGUCAUCCAACAUGUCUACUGCAGCAACCGCAGCAUCCUGAACCUGGCCUGUAUUCCCACCCCCAUCAGCAACAUCUACGGUCUGUCCAUGACCUGGUCAGUGAGUACGGGGGUAUUCAUCAUCAUUGCCUUUUCCUACAUCAGAAUCCUGAGUGUGUCGUUCAACCAAGGCAGAAGCGACAGCAGCGUCCAAAACAUCAGGAAAUUCUUUAGUAUCCUCUUCAUCAUAGUUCCACCGGCUCUCAACCCCAUCAUCUAUGGAAUGGUCAGUAAGGAUCUACGGGCGGCCAUCAUGAAGCUCUUCUCCGUACAAGUCAGGAGAGUUUGUCACAAAGAAUGACUCAGCCUUCAGCCCAUACCUGUCAUCAGUGUCAGGACUCCUCCUUAGCAAAACGGGAAUAAAUCUGACCAGAUAUCUGGUUUUAUGAUAGGAGUAAAUAACAUUUUGAGAACUUUCAAAAGGAAAUAUCAUCAGAAAUGUUUAAAUAAAAAAAUUAAAGCCACUUUACAACUGUAAUAAACCUCUCACUCAUAUCGAAAAGUCUUUUUUAAUUUGAUUUCCACAGCAUAAUAUCAAACUUUCAUAUUUAAAGGGAAGAAAUUCUCCA